AUGUGGCUGCUGCUGCCGAUUAUCGCCUACUCGGCGAUCUUUCUGUAUGUGCGACACAUCUAUAGCUAUUGGCGACGCAAGCGCUUCCCGAGCGAGCACACAUCGUUGUCCUGGCAGUUUCUCACGCUGGCCUACCAACGAGAGUUCCGGCACGUGGAGGCCAUAUGUGAGGCCUACCAGGAAGGGCGCGAUCGUCUGUUUGGCAUUUACUGCUUCUUUCGACCCGUAUUGCUGGUGCGCCAACCACAGCUGGCCUUUAGCAUUCUGCAGCAGUCGAAUGGCCACUUUACCGAGUCCAAAUGGGAUUGCGUCAAGGGCUACAGACGCUUCAACUUGCUGGAGAAACUGUCGCCCAUGUUCAGCACAAGGCGUCUGUCCUCCAUGUUCAGCAAUGCUCAACAUGUGGCCGACCAUAUGAUGCAGUACCUGGCGAAAAGGGAGGAGCAGGGCCAGCUGGAGUUGGAUCUGCAGCACCUGAUGAGAAUAUAUGCUGUCAAUAUAAUAGGCAAUCUGGUCUACGGCUUGGACGUGAACAACUUCGUGCAAAGGGAUCACCUACUCAAUAGCUAUGUGCAGCAUCCUUCGCAAUACGGUGCACUGCAAUCAUUCACGCUGAGAGGCAUGCCACAGAAGUCGUCGCUCGCCUAUCGCCUCAUAGACAUCAUUAAGCACAAUGUGGAGCAGCGCGAGGAGAACGGCAUCAUACGCAAGGACAUGCUCCAGCUGUUGGUCAAGUUUCGCAAUGGCAACGAUCUCAGCAGCGACAAGUGGCAAAUCGAGCAUGCCAUUGAAGAGGACAAGCUGAUGUGCAUCAAGCGACUGGCUAAGGUAGCCGAGGACCUAAUGCACUCUGCUUUGGAUGGCAUUGCCUCCACCAUAACUCUGACACUCUAUGAGAUUGCCCAGCAGCCGCUGAUUGUGGAGAAGCUGCAGACCGAGAUCCAGGAGCUCAAUUUAAAGGAUGGCCAACUGGCGUUCGAGCAAUUGAUGGGGCUCAAAUAUAUGGAUAUGUGUGUGAAGGAAACGCUGCGCAAGUACCCGCCAGUGCCCAUAAUAGAGCGCGUUUGCCGCAAGCGUUACACGCUGCCCGGCAGCAAGCUGAGCAUUGGCGUGGGCAAGACGUUGAUGGUGCCGCUGCUGGCCAUACAGCGUGAUGGCAGAUACUUCAGCGAGCCACUGAAAUACAAGCCACUCCGUUUUCUACACAACCAGCCCGACGGAGGAGGCCAGCAGUGUCCUUCGGUUAUAGCGAGCUUUGGCAUAGGCGGGGCUCAGUGCGUGGCACAAAACUUUGCCAAAAUGGUCAUUAAGCUGGCGCUUGUCAGGCUGUUGCAGAGCUAUGAUCUGGAACUGGAUGCGAGUGCUAUGGUCGAGGUCUCACAUCUGCCGGCGCCAUUUAUUAGCUCCCCAGAUGGACUGAAAAUUCAACUGAAAGCGCGUGAAAUCCUAAGGCAAAGCAAUUAUCGCAAAUGUUCAAUUUAGAAACGAAUUUAAUUUAUGCAGCACUUGACGUAUUUGCCCUUAUUUUCUCCUUCUAUAAUUUUUCAACACUUCAUCUAAGCAUUGUGUGUUGCUAGCUGUGAGCACCUAAAAAUAUGCCAUAAAUAAAAGCAGUAAAUUAUGGCUUCAAA